AUGGUACAAACUUCCCCACUUGCCAUAUAUGGUACAAACUUCCCCACUUGCCAUAUGUGGUACAAACUUCCCCACUUGCCAUAUAUGGUACAAACUUCCCCACUUGCCAUAUAUGGUACAAACUUCCCCACUUGCCAUAUAUGGUACAAACUUCCCCACUUGCCAUAUAUGGUACAAACUUCCCCACUUGCCAUAUGUGGUACAAACUUCCCCCACUUGCCAUAUAUGGUACAAACUUCCCCUACUUGCCAUAUGUGGUACAAACUUCCCCCACUUGCCAUAUAUGGUACAAACUUCCCCUACUUGCCAUAUGUGGUACAAACUUCCCCCACUUGCCAUAUAUGGUACAAACUUCCCCUACUUGCCAUAUGUGGUACAAACUUCCCCACUUGCCAUAUAUGGUACAAACUUCCCCCACUUGCCAUAUAUGGUACAAACUUCCCCACUUGCCAUAUAUGGUACAAACUUCCCCACUUGCCAUAUAUGGUACAAGCUUCCCCACUUGGCAUAUGUGGUACAAGCUUCCCCACUUGGCAUAUGUGGUACAAGCUUCCCCACUUGACAUAUGUGGUACAAGCUUCCCCACUUGCCAUAUGUGGUACAAACUUCCCCACUUGCCAUAUGUGGUACAAACUUCCCCCACUUGCCAUAUGUGGUACAAACUCCCCCCACUUGCCAUAUGUGGUACAAACUUCCCCACUUGCCAUAUUUGGUACAAACUUCCCCACUUGCCAUAUAUGGUACAAACUUCCCCACUUGCCAUAUAUGGUACAAAUUUCAGGUAUCUUCUUGAGGUUAUCUUGA